AUGCGCUCUAGCGAUCUGUAUCUAGAGGAUAUGUCAGCCUUGGAAGAUAUGAAAGAGCUACAUGCGGCAUCCGAGUGUCAUCUAAGCCAGUGCCAGGGCCGCGAGCCAUCGCCAGAUGUGCUUCCACUCGAACGUAAACCUCCUUCGAUAACUUCGUCCCAGCAUUCCCGAAACACUUCGCGAAGUUCGACACGCAUCAAUCGUGAGAGAAUUGAGGUAUAUAGAGACGAUAUAGGUGCUUCUGUCGGCGGUUCCAAUACACUAGCUGGUUUCGCUGCGAAGUCAAACAACGUUGAUAAUGAAGAUAGACGACGUCGGGAACUCCCUUCAAUCGCUGACAAACAUCUAAAGAAGGAGGGUCAGCCAACCAAGACUGAAGGGCCUCAUAUACCGGAAGUUCUAGAUGCGAAGAUGUCUCAACCGGGCAAUGCAUUAAGGGAUAUUACAGAACAGUAUAACGAGUACACACAAGACAAGAGGUCUCUUGCCACAGUAUCCAGGAUAUGCAUAGAGCUGCGUAGAAUCGCCGCAGAGAGGCAAAGCCUAUCUCGUGCGCUUGAUGCACUUGACAUCCAAGAACAAGAUCUGCUGAACGCCCUCUUCAAAGCCUCUGGCUCUGAUAUCCCGGGUGGGCCACUGGCCAAGUCCGAUAUCGAUCAAAGAGAAGGCACUCGAUGCGAAAACUCUUCUUCCCUUAGUCGAGGAACUGGAAAGCUUCAGACGGUGCCAACAGAGGCUCGAUUCUCACAUUCACAGAGCCUGCAAGGUUCGUUGCACGGCCGUUCACCACUAUAUUCAUCUCCUACGGGAGCAGAUAAACAUUUUAUAUCGUCCCGCACAAACCGACCGGGAAACCUUGAUCUGGAGAUUGGUAACGAUCUAUCACAUCGAACUUUGCGACAGACCCCGAGCAGACUACCCACUCCCGUUCGCACACGUGCAAAAGUCUGCAGCCCGGCAACAGUGACACCUACAAGAACCCUGGAAGGGUCAAAAUUGCCCGUGUUUUCAGGCAUUAGGAAGACAAAAGAAAGUUCCAAAGGUUUGGAGACAGUUCGAUCUUCGCGGUACAAAGGCUCCUGCGAACAGAAGACUACACCAUCCAAUCGGAAUAUUGGGAAGGUGUCCGCAACCGUAGCUCGGAAGAAAUGGGAGUUUUGA